AUGUCGAACUCCACCGCCUCAAUGCCCACCGGCUCCUCGUCCUCCUCGUCAACAAACACCGCCGGGGGGCCGACCAACCCGCCCUCGGGGGCCCAAAACGAAGACAAAAACUCGGUCGUCAUCAAGGUCGGGAUGGUCGGGGACUCGCAGAUCGGCAAGACGAGCUUGAUGGUGAAAUACGUCGAAGGGAGCUUCGACGAAGACUACAUCCAGACCCUAGGGGUGAACUUCAUGGAGAAGACGAUCUCGAUCCGGAACACCGAGAUCACGUUCUCGAUCUGGGACCUGGGCGGGCAGCGCGAAUUCGUGAACAUGCUGCCGCUGGUCUGCAACGAUGCGGUGGCGAUCCUGUUCAUGUUCGACCUGAGCAGGAAGUCGACGUUGAAUUCGAUCAAGGAAUGGUACCGCCAGGCCCGCGGCUUCAACAAGACGGCGAUCCCGUUCCUGAUCGGGACGAAAUACGACCACUUCGCCGCGUUCUCGAAAGACGAGCAAGAAGAGAUCACACGCCAGUCGCGGCGAUUCGCAAAAGCCAUGAGAGCACCCUUGAUAUUCUGUUCGACGUCCCACUCCAUCAAUGUACAAAAAAUCUUCAAAAUCGUCCUGUCCAAAGCAUUUGAUCUCAAGUGCACGAUACCUGAAAUCACCGGCAGUGGAGAACCGUUGUUGAUCUACCUCGAUGUCUGA